AUGAUAAUGUUCAGUAAUAUUAAAAUCCAGAAGGGUUUGCUGAACACCCUGUAUACAGCAGAAAUUAUAUGUCAGCAUCGUCUUGCGUGGGGUAUGGCAAGUUCAUGUUUUAGCAAUGUGGACGAGUAUGGCUUCGAAAGAUCUCACGACUUUGACUAUGAAACUUAUGAAGAUUUUAUGUCCGAAUACCUCAAAGUACUUGCUAAGAGAGCAAAGAAAUGGGCUAAAAUUAUUGGUGAAGGAAAGUCAUUGCAACGCAAUAUUACAAUAAAGAGAUAUGUCCGUAAAGGUAUACCAAGUGAACAUAGAGGUUUGGUAUGGCUUGCUGUGAGUGGAGGAGAAGAUAUGAGAAAUGCAUCCCCAGAUCUGUAUGAAAAAUUACUACAGUCUCCGCAUAAUAAGGAAGUUGCAGAUAUUAUCAAAACUGACCUACCUAGAACAUUUCCUGACAAUAUAUUCUUUAAUAACACAGAAAAUCAACAGCAUCAGUUGUAUAAUAUUCUGUUAGCUUUUGCGCAUCAAAAUAAAACAGUAGGGUACUGUCAAGGUUUAAACUACAUAGCAGGAUUAUUGUUAUUAGUAACAAAAAAUGAAGAGACAGCUUUUUGGUUGUUAAAAGUUCUAAUAGAGAAAAUUUUACCUGAUUAUUAUACACCGACUAUGGAUGGUCUGCUUACAGAUAUAGAUGUUCUUGCAGAAUUUGUCAAGAUAAAAAUGCCAGAUAUUUAUCAGCACGUCACAGAUAUAGGUUUACCUUGGGCAGUUAUUACAACAAAAUGGUUUGUUUGUUUAUUUGCAGAGGUCUUACCGAUCGAGACUACGCUGCGCAUUUGGGACUGUCUUUUUUAUGAAGGCAGUAAAAUUAUAUUUCGUGUUGCAUUGACUCUGAUAAAAAGAAACAAGAGUAGCUUGCUCGCAUGUCAAGAUUUUACUAUCUUAGCAGAAUGUUUUAAAGAGAUAACAAAGGACAGUAUUGUUUUAAAGUGUCACGAUUUCAUGCAGAGUAUAUUUACAAUACCUGGAUCACUGCCUGGUAGUACAGUUAUGAAGCUACGAACAAAAAUCUCGCGACAACGCAUAGAACAAAAAGAAAACAAAUUAGGACGAUAGUGAUAACAAUAAGAUUCUAUCUGUCGAAAUGACCUAGUCAAUGUAUCCUUCUACUGUAACUGCAAACCGAUCAAGCUGUGUAAGAUUGUAUCAUAAUAAUUAGGUUCUACAGUGUUCCUGUAAAUAUAAA